AUGACUGUAUUCAAGGGACUUGUAUCAUUCAAGGAUGUGUCAAUCAACUUCACCCAGGCAGAGUGGCAGUGGCUGGACUCAGCUCAGAAGAUCCUGUAUAGGGAUGUGAUGCUGGAGAACUACAGCAACCUGGUCUCAGUGGGGUGUCUUAUACCCAAACCAGAUGUGAUCUCCCAGUUGGAGCAAGGAGAAGAGCCGUGGAUAACAGAGGUAGAGUUCUCAAACCAGAGCCUUCCAGAAAAAGUCUGGAGAGGCCAGAACAUCCAAGACCAACAAUCCAGUCAGUUUAUAUUAAUCAAAAACAAAAGUUCAAGAAAAGUGAACUCUAAAUGUGAUUCAUAUAAGAAAAGUUUGAAAUAUAUUUCAGAAUUAAUGAUCAGUAAUAGAAACUGUGUAAGAAAGAUGACUGAUGAAGGUAAUUUAUGUGGGAAGUCACGUUUCAAUACUAAGCUUGAAGAAUUGUCUGCUGAAAUUAAUGAAUAUAAUAAAAAUGGGAAGGAUAUCAGUCAUAAUGAAUACCUUGUUCAGCUUCAAACUUUGGAGCCAGACUGUGGAUUUAAUGAAUCUGGAAAACACUUUUACAAGGCAGACUUGGAUAGCCAAAAGAGAUCCCAUGGUGGAAAAAAACCCAGUAAUGAAUAUGAAAACACUUUCACCCAAAAGUCAGUCAUCAGUAUAUAUGAGAAAACUCAUAAACAAAAGCCCUUUGGAAGCAAUGAACAUGGGCAAUCCUGCACAGUGUCAAAAGUUUUAAAUCAGGGAGCACAUACAGGAGAGAAGCCCUUUGGAUGUGAUUCAUUUGGUUACUCAUCAACCAUUAUUGUACAUCAAAGAAAUCAAUCAAAGGAGACACCCCAUGAGUAUCCUCAAAAUAUGAAUGCUGUAAUCCAGACAGCACAGCUCACUGAACAUCAGAGAGCUCAUACAGGACAGGAAUCCAGUGAAUAUAAUGAAUGUGAACAAGCAUUUAAGAUUUCGAACUUUAAAUGUAAGAGAAUUGACACAGUGAAGAAAAUUUAUGAGUUUACUGAGUGUAGGAAUGCCUUACACAAGAAGUCUCAUUUCAGCCAUAUUCAGAGAACUCACAUAGAAAAAUCCUAUGAAUAUAAUCAGUGUUGCAGAACCUUCAACAGAAAAGCACACCUCACAGAACAUCAGAGGAUACACACAGGGGAGAAUCCCUAUGAAUGUAAUGAAUGUGGCAAAGCCUUUUACAACAAGGCACACCUCACUAGACAUCAGAGAAUACACACAGGGGAGAAACCCUAUGAAUGUUCUGAAUGUGGGAAAACUUUCUGUGUGAAGUCAACACUUACCGUGCAUCAGAGAACACACACAGGGGAAAAACCCUAUGAAUGUAUUAAAUGUGGGAAAACCUUCUAUGUAAAAUCAAAACUUACUGUGCAUCAGAGAACAUACACAGGGGAGAAACCUUAUGAAUGUACUGAAUGUGGGAUAAGCUUCAGUCACAAGUCGACACUCACUGAACAUCAGAGAACACACACGGGAGAGAAACCCUAUGUGUGUACUGAAUGUGGGAAAACCUUCUGUGUAAAGUCAAAACUGACUGUACAUCAGAGAAUACACACUGGGGAGAAACCUUAUGAAUGUAUUGAAUGUGGGAAAACCUUCAGUGGUAACUCACACCUCACAGUACAUCAGAGAAAACAUACAGGAGAGAAGCCCUUUGAAUGUACAGAAUGUGGGAAAACAUUCAGCCACAAGUCUUCCCUUGUUGAGCAUCAGAGAACACACACUGGGGAGAAACCCUAUGAAUGUACUGAGUGUGGGAAAACCUUCAGUAGCAAUUCAAAUCUCAAAGUACAUCAGAGAACACACACAGGAGAGAAGCCCUAUGAAUGUACUGACUGUGGGAAAACCUACAGUCACAAAUCAAGUUUUUAUGAACAUUGCAGAAGGCACAGUGGGCAGAAGCCCUGUGAAUGUGAUAAAUGUGGUACAUCAUUCUGCCACAAUUUGGUCUUUACUAAAUACCAGAGAAUUCCAAAAGGAAAGAAGAACUAUGAGUAUAAUCUAUAUAAGAAAUCUUUCUUGCUAGAAGGCAAACUCCAUGGUACAUCAGAUAGCACACCUGGGAGAAGAAGUCUUUAA